AUGGACCCCACUCUUUAUUCCGAUAUCCUGUCGUUUAAAACCAAUGGAGCCUUGCCUAGUGGGUUUUCCACCACACAAAAGUGCAAUUUUCGUCGAAAGGCAAAGAACUUUGAGGUUCAAGUUACGCCAACAGAAGCUUCAUCUUGGAGCGCCACUGUGCCAUCCUCAGUGAAAGGUCUUCUUGGCGCAUGUGUGGUAAUCCCCUGCUCUUAUAACUACCCAUAUCCACAAACCAAUACCACAAGCAUUACAGGCAUUUGGUAUAAUAAGGAUAAUCAAGUCAUCUGUCAUUCGGAUAAGUCUCAAACUUCGGGUCAGUUUCGGAAUCGGACAAAGCUGCUGGGAGACCUCAGCAAGAAGAACUGUUCUCUGAUGAUUGAUGAUCUUCAACAAAGUGAUGUGGGGCCUUUAUAUUUCCGGAUUGAAAUUAAAGGCUAUGACCAGUACUCCUACAAAAGUAACAAAGUCUCUGUUUCAGUCAUCUUUUUUGUUAACACAGGUCAACCUGAUUUCUCUGUGCAAGAGGAGAUAAAGGAGGGUGAGAAUGUGUCUGCAUCCUGCUCCGUGUUUCACUCCUGCCCCAAAUAUCCACCUUCUUUCAUCUGGAGUCACUCUGGAGAGCAGCACGAUCAAACACAGCAGCUUCAUGAAGGCCAGUGGAAUUCAACAUCUACUCUGAAUGGCCCUGACAUCAAGACUUCCUCAAAGUGCUCCUCCGAGGACGGCGUGGUAAAGUGUGAGUGCAUCGUAGAGUCCGAGCCUCCCAGCAUGGUCUAUUUUAUUCUUGGUGACAGAGUCAUGCAAAGCAGCAAAGCAGAGAAAAAUGGCUUUGUUACUAUUGAGACUCUGCAGACAGACUUUGGGUCUUUACGGUUUGUGCACUGCCUGGCAAACAACAUGCUGGGAUAUGACAACAUCUUGCUCUCUUUACCUGUUAAUGACAACAUGCAGAAUAUUCUUAUCUCAAGUGGAGCAGGUGUGAUUUUGCUGAUUAUUGUGAUAGGAAGUGGAGUGGGAGUUGUUAAAAAAUGGAAAAUGAGCCGUAAGGAUAUCCCUUCCCCUGACAUGUACACCAAUUAUCCUGUCUAUGGCAACACUGACUGGGAUGAGUCAAUAUAUGCCAAUGUGUAG